AUGGAUUUUGGAAUUUAAAACUAAACAGAUGAAUAAUAGUAGGCCAACAAAGAAUCAUCGAAUCAAAAUGUCAAUGAGGGAAAUAAAAAAUAAACUGGUUUUUGUGCAUUUUUGACAGUCGAAUUUUAUACUCCUUAUUUCAAUGUGACUGAAACUGAUGUAAUACAAAGAAUCCAAGGGACAUUCUUGCCACUCAAGCCAGACUUUCUAAAUCUGAUUCGAGGAAAUCCUGAUUUAUGGGGCCCAAUUUGGAUAAAUGCUACCUUAAUCUUUAUGAUCACAGCCAUAGCCAAUUUAAGAUAGAUAGACGAAGAGAAAGAAAAUCAAUCCUUCGUAAUUAGUUAUGUCCCAUAAGCAACUGCUUUACUAUAUAUAAUAGCAUUUGGAACUCCAUUAGUCUUAGCUGCUGUUAUGAAGUUUUUAGGAGUUGACUUAAGUUUCUUCUAAACUAUAUGCCUAUAUGGAUACUCAAUGUCAACACUAUUACCAAUAACCAUCUUAUGUUAUUUCUAAAAUGAACUAUUCUUAUGGUUGAUAAUCGUUUAUGGAUUUGCUAAUUCCUCUCUGUUUUUGAUUAUUAACCUAAAGGAAGAAUUAGAUAAAUUGUAGAUCUAGAAGAAGUAUAUUAUUAUAGGAAUAGUUGUGACAAUGCAGCUAUCACUAUAUUUGUUUUACAAAUUAGUUUUCUUCUCUUAUGUAACGGAGUGAAAUACAUUAAAUAUUUACAUAUUGUUGAUAAUAAUUCAUUUUCUUUAA